UGCCAGUAUCUUAAAAGAGUUGCUUCUUCGAUCAGUCACUAUAACCGCCAUCAUGGCAUCUGCCGAAGAACUCGUAUUCAAUGACCCUCACCCGCCCCAUCCCAAUGCCUUCCAAGCUUUUGGCAAGGUUCUUGGUCGCAUCAAGUUUGAGAUUCUCAAGUCUCGCAAGGACUGGGACAAGCAUGAGCCCAAGAUGUGGUCCAGGGCCCAUGGCGUCAGCGAUGAUGACUUGGUGGCCUUUAACUUAGAAGAAGAUCUUGUCCUUAUUCGCAGUGCACCCACCUCCUAUGGCACCAUCAUUCUGGGAAAGAUUCGCCUUCCUGCCAUCAACGAUGAUGAAGGAGAGGGUUACAUUCAUGUCCGCAUUCACGAUCCCCCUGGAGGCUCUGCGGACGACGUCAUGUUCCAUUCCCUCUUUACUGAUGAAGGAAACAAGAAUGCUGAUGGCCAAGCCACUACCUUGGCGUGCUAUUCAAACUAAAGAUACUGCGUUGGAAUUCUUCAACGAGUAAUUUUGUACUAAUAUACAAGGUGUACUAUAGUAUGUAACUUGAUAUUACUGACGGGCCCGUACCUUGCUUUUUAGUGUCCGCUUUACACUACUAAUGGCGGUUCGUCGGUAAUUCCGGCCGAUGAUGACUGCCCGUAAUUAUGACUGUAAAUGAAUCCUGUGCAUACUGCGGCCUUGCAAAUGCCGAAUAUGCACUGGGUUGGUCCCACGAACGCGUCGGCGCCGUUCAUCGCUACACGCAGUCAAUUUCUAAAGAAAUGGAGCGCCAAGUGACUCGUCGCCUCAUGGAAGGAACAUUGUUAAUGUUGCCCAAUCCGAUGAUCCGGGUCGCAAACCACUUUCGAGUCAAUAAGC